AUGGCGACUCCAGCACCCGGCAGCAACCAGCGUGCCUCUGCAGAUGACGAGGCAGCGCGGAAGCUGCGGAUCCGCGCAGCCUUCGACAUGUUCGACAAGGAGAAGAAAGGGAGCGUCAUCCAAGAGGAGGUGAGCACGAUCAUGCGAUACCUCGGCGCCUACCCGACCGAGAAGGAUAUCAUCAAGAAGAUCCUGCCAGAGAUGCAAGAGGACGAGCCGUCGACGUUCGUGACGUACGACCGCUUCGAGAAGAAGAUGCUCGAGGUGCUGUACACCAACGAGUACGAGCCUGACGCAGACGAAACGCUGCUCGCUGCCUUUCGGGUGAUCGACACGGAUAAGAAGGGCUACAUUGAAGCUGAGGUGAUGCGUGAGUUGCUCACCACCAAAGGCACCCCGUUCCGAGAGAAGGAGAUGGAAGCUUUCUUAGCGUCGGCAAAAGACCCGCCGACAGGACGGAUCUACUACGAAGACUACAUCGCGCUACUCACCCAGGCUCUGGACCCCAAGAAGGUCUAA